AUGGCUCCUCCUCCGCCCGCCAAUGUCCCUCUGACCCAGAGGCUCAUGCUGCUCGCCCAGACCCUGCAAUUUGCUUGGUUUGCCGGACAUUUGUCCCUGAUCUUUGCCGUCAUCCGUUAUGGCUUUUCCUAUAUCUCCUUCAACUACUACAGCCGGGUUGCCCGCUUUAGUUACCGCCUCACCUUUUUCUCUGCUGCUCUGACCUACGGCAUCGUCGUCUACAAGACGCUGAGGGCUCGCAGCAAGGCCGGAGCCAGAGCUCCUACGAGCCCUCUUGCUCUGAUUGCCGAUGAGAACGUCCAGUACCUCGGAAUGGCCCUCGUCUGGCUUCUGUCGCCCCAGUACCCGUUGGCGAUGCUCCCUUACGCCAUCUACUCGGUCUUCCACGUCGCGACCUACACGCGCGCCAACGUGAUUCCCACACUCACUCCUCCCAAGCCCGUCACCCCUGCUGCCGGUGCUUCCCCUAGCGCCAAGCCCCAGUACGCGCAAAACCCUAUCGCCGAUAAGAUUGGCGCUUUCGUCAAGGAGUACUACGAUGCUUCCAUGGCUGUCGUGUCUUCGCUCGAGAUCGCGCUCUGGGUUCGCCUCUUUCUCUCCGCCAUUACCUUCCAGCGUCGCUCCUGGAUCCUGAUUGCCAUUUACACCGCUUUUCUCCGUGCCCGCUACGCGCAGAGCACUCACGUCCAGAACUCGCUUGCUCUUCUCGAGUCUCGCAUCGACUCCGCUGUCGGCAACCAGGGAACCCCUCCCGCUGCUCGCCAGGCUUGGGAGACCAUCAAGGGAGGCGCGCGCCAGUUCUACGCCUACACCGAUGUCAAUCGGUAUAUCGCCGGUGCUGCUGCCCCCAAGAAGACGUCUUGA